CUCUGACAUUCCUGUCACUUUGAGUAACGCAACGUCCCACCCAAAACUUGACUGUAUUUUAUGUUUUCUUUUCUAUUAUUGUUAAUCUGCUGAUUAUCAAGUAGAUUUAGAAAGAAUUUGUGUUUUGUGACAAUGUACUAAAUCAGUUUUCAGUUUACAGAGAUUAAAUAAGGAUCAACAAAAUGGCUGAAUUAGCAGCAUUACUGCAAACUGAGAUCCCUGAGGGGCGCAGCCAUCUAACAGACAGCCACACAAAUCUAGAACGUGUGGCUGAUUACUGCGAGGCGAAUUAUUUCCAGUCGGAAAAUAAAAGGCUGGCUCUGGAGAGCACCAAAAACUACACAACACAAUCACUAGCUAGUGUUGCAUAUCAAAUAAAUACUCUUGCAUACAACUUCCUGCAACUGCUUGAAUUGCAAACAAUGCAGUUGGCUGAGAUGGAAGGUCAAAUGAACCAUAUUGCCCAAACUGUGGCUAUUCACAAGGAGAAGGUUGCUAGGCGAGAGAUUGGAGUGUUGACUGCAAAUAAAGUGACUAACAGGCAGUACAAAAUCAUUGCUCCUGCAAACCCUGAGAAACCCAUCAAAUAUGUGAGGAAGAGCAUUGAUUAUACAGCUUUGGAUGACAUUGGCCAUGGUGCUCGCUGGAAUGGAGCUACGAGUGGUACACCCAGAGGUCGGCGAUCAGGGUCUACUCCCAGUGCAGCAACAUUGCCUGCACCCACCACUAAGCCACCCACACCACCUGCUGCUGUGCGAGCUGCUGCGGCUGCUAAUACUGGGACAUUAGGCCGUGGCACACUGGGUAAAUCUUCACGCGAGUACCGCACGCCGCCAGCUGUGGCGCCGCCACAAGUGCCUUCGCACUAUGCACCUAAUUACCCACGUCGCCCACCAGGCUAUUCUACUUUGCCUGUAGCACAACCACAGGUCGGAAUGGUGCAUCCAAACCAACAUCAAGCUACUUCCAACUAUUCUCAACAAGAUUUGCAUUCCAGUAUGCCACCACCACCCUCUCCUCUGAUUGGGUCUGAUGGUGAACACAGCCAACAUUCCAUGAGCCUGCCUGGACAGCGUGCGUCAUCGUCGUCAGCGGGAGGAGGUUCUAUUAGGGGCGGAUCAGUGUCUCCUCCACUGCCACCUCCACCGAUGGACGAUGAGUUGGCGCAUGACGGCUUUGGCAGACCUCACCAUAUGAAUAGUAAGAUGGGAGCUCCCUACUCCAAUGCGGUACCUGCUAUAGUACCUGAUGAAGAAGACCUACCUGGAUGGGUGCCCAAGAAUUACAUUGAGAAAGUUGUCGCCAUUUACGAUUACUAUGCUGAUAAAGAAGACGAAUUAUCAUUCCAAGAGAGUGCAGUGAUUUAUGUGUUGAAGAAGAAUGACGAUGGUUGGUGGGAGGGCGUUAUGGACGGCGUCACGGGACUCUUCCCAGGAAACUAUGUGGAACCUUGUGUGUAAUCAUUGUAAUAUAACUGUUUUAACCGACUUCCCAAAAAGAAGGAAGUUCUUUUGAACUACGUUUUUCACCUAUAGAGGCCUCUGGGGUAAACUAGGCUAUGAUUACACAUAAUGUACUGUUAUUGUAACUCAACAGUAAAUAUCCCAUCGUUAUAAAUACAAGUUUGUAUCAAUUGUACACAAUAAGCUUUGUAACUAUUCCUAUAGAUAUCUUUUCAGGAUUAUAAAUCAUGUCAAUAAAUUAGUAUAGAUUUUCUUCCAAAUAAAUUUCCAAUACUAUUAAGAUUUGUAUUCAACUACCUACUUUUAAGUUCAAAUGUAUUAUUUAAAAUGAUAUUUUCAGCAUAUUAUUUAGAAGAAAUUAAUAUAAAUUAUGAUAAAACUAAUCAUGUUAUUAGUAGUUAACUUAUCCUUAUCUUUAAAGGAACAUUAAAUGAUUAACUGUA